GAUGACCGCGCUGGCCAUUUGCAGGGAGGGCGAGCCCGACCAGAGGCAGACGUCGCUUGCCCAUCGCCAUGUCUUCAAGAGCAGCAGGGGGGGCAUCGGCCCCGAGGACCUCGAGGAGUUCGACUGGUGCAAGUCGAAGGAGUGCCAGAUCAAAGGCAAGGGGCGCUUGGCGAACGAGAUUAUCAACGCGCACGUGCCUCAGGGCGCAGGCUGCGGGUCCACCGUCGAGCCAGAUGCGCGCGCGCUCUCGCGCGUGAACACUCGGGAGAAGGUGAAGAAGGACUCCGAUGUCUCCACGAGCUUGAAGAAGAACAUCAUGAUCGCGACUGUCUUCCACGGCAGCAAGACUGCUUCCGAGGAGGCCGAGGGCGAGGGGGGCGCCUUGACCGACCCCGAGGGCGACGCCCGAUACCAGUGCGAUUCGAAGGUGAAGAAGAACACCCGCUCCCAGAGCCAGAAGGAGAUCGGCGCGGAGGUUUGGAACGCCAAGGACAAGAAGCAGUUCGUGGGCGCCCUGGUCAACGUGCUCGAGGACGGCGAUGGACCCGAGUGGAUGAACAUGGCGCGCGCGCUGAAGACCGAAAGGAAGACCAUCGAGGACGACGGCGCCGACGACGCCGACACGAUGCUGUUGCAGAAUUGCAGCGGCAGCUUCGCGGGCGCAGCCCUCGACUUGCAGAGGGUGGCCCCUCUGGUGCGCCGCGUCGCCGCGAACCGCGUGGCUGUUCAGAAGUUGUUGAUGACUGACCCCAAGCAGGUGCGCAAGCACCAGGCAGAGGGCGCCCUGAUCGCCCCGGGCAAGAUCUACGAGCAGCUAGCCGAGCUCCAUGCGGCGCUGAAGGCGAUCAUCAAAAACGACACGAAGAGUAAUAAGGCAAUCAAGGGCCA